CUCUACUAUCUGUGUAACAAGCUGAACAAGUAUGGUUUAUAACGACUCGGCAGAAUGUCCUUUAUUUCCAGAAAACCCAGGAUACUGCGAUGUUAUAAUUCAUGUGAGGCGGGCCAUUGCUUCACUGUCGUUGAUAGGAAGUUUAUUCGUGAUAGUUGUGAUAUGGCUCUUCAAAAAGCAUGCUGUAUUUUCACAGAGACUAAUCCUGUAUUUAAGCAUAGCUGCUUUCUUUUACAGUACAGCUUAUUUAAUGGGAGACAUACGCCCUGAUGGACCCAUGUGUGACUUUCAAGCUUGGUAUUUAAGUUACUUUGUCUGGUCUGCCUUGAUCUGGGUGUGUAUAAUCACAUUUAAUUUGUACAUGAACGUGGUAAAAAACAGAAGUAUAGAGAAGUUCGAAAUACUCUUCCAUAUCCUAGGUUGGGUUUUCUCUGCCAUCAUGUCUUUCCUACCAUUAGCUGGGAAUCGUUAUGGCCCAGCUGGGGCUUGGUGCUGGAUUGUGAAUGAUCUUGGCUGGAGAUUUGGAGUUUGGUAUGGACCAUUAUUCAUAGCCAUUACGGUUUUGGUUGUGACAUAUGUUUACAUCAUUGUCACUCUGUUCAGGAGGUUGUCCACUUGGAAAGGUACAUAUGACCCAGAAAAAGAAAGACAAACAGCCAUGCUUAAAGAUGACAUCAAAUAUCUGAGGGCUUACCCAUUUGUUUAUUUGGCUGUCUCCGUAUUUUCUCUAAUAGACAGAAUACAGAAUGCUGCUUCACCAGGUGAGCCUGUUUUUGCUCUUGUCAUAUUGGCCGCACUCACAGCUCCCUUGCAUGGUGCGAUGAAUGCCAUAGUUUUUGGAAUGGAUAGAGAAACAUUAAGGAGGCUCACCCCUACACAGAUCAAGAUGGCUUUUAUGGCAAGAAUAACCAAAAAAGCUGAAGUACAUGAGCUGAGCUCAAUAACCAGUAUAUCUGCGGGGGAAAUAAGACAUGUGUGAUAAAGAUUAUAUUCCCUGAAGGUUGGUUGUAUGUACUAGCUGGAAGGGAAAAACAAGGAUAUUUGUUUGAGAAUGUUGAGUUUAUGUAAAGUGCUUCUAGAAGUGUUAAUAUUAUUUAUGGUACUUUUUAAGAAAACGAAGUCUAACAUGCUCAGUAAACGUAUAGGAAUUAUA